GUCUGUUCCUUCCUUAUUUACAGGGAGGAAAAUCCACCAGUAAAAGAAAAAGUCAAUGAUGAAGUGCACUUUUAUUUUGAACUAUAUUUCACAUUUGGCAUUUAAAUAACGUGAAAUAAAAUACAGACAAGAUAUGAGGAGGUGGGUGAUAGUUAAAUGGAUUUUGACUUUGAAGGAGGGAUGUGAAAAUUUAAAAAAAAAAUGGACAUUAUUGUAGUGUGGGUAAAUGAAUGACUUAGAAAUGGGUAAAGAGUUGCCAAACUAUUACAGAAUCAUCAACAUGACAAAUUGACUUACCUGGCAGUUUUAAUAAUAGUUUUAGCUGUAGAUCUCAAUUAUUUUCGAGAAAGGUAACUACAGUUAUUAUUCCCUGAAGGAAUAUCCAGACUGUGUCCUGCUUUGGCAGAGGCUGUUUCCAUCCCGUUUCCAUGUGGAGCUCUGAUUUUACACUGAGUUCUGGGCAAUCCCUGGCAGGCAGGGCCCUUCCCUGUGAGCACACACAGCCACAGCUGCAGGAGCUGGCAGGGACUGGAAGUGGGGCAGCGCUCAGGUAAGCAGCACACAGGGAGGAGCUGCCUGCAGGGCACGUGGCUGGGAGUGCAGAGCACACGCUGCUCCGUGGUCAUUGCUGCUCCCAAAAUAAUGUUUAUAAAGAGUCUGACAGGGUUUCAAAUCAGAUGAAUGGGACUGACUCGAUGCAAACUGGAAAAUCUUUGUCUGCUGCUGCACGUGGAAAUGGUAAUGCAGGUUUGUAGAUCACUGGGAGACUUGAGUGUUCUGUGAAAGGCAUUAUUAAAGUUCAGAUUGAAAAAUUUCUUCAGAAAUAAGGAACAACUUUGUAAGAGUAACAAAAGCAAGGAAAUCAGUAUUCCUUGUGCUUCCUUGGGAUGAGCAUGUGCCAAAGGAAAGGUGGGAGAGAAGCUUUCCAUGCUGGAUAAUGAGGCUGCUCCGUACAGGAGAGCAGCCAUCAGCCUGGUCAGCUGUGGUUCCUCUUGAAACAGCAGCUGCUCCAGGCAGCAACCAUCAAACUCUCAAAGGCUGUAUUUAAUAAAGCUGUGAAAGUAGAAAGUCCAUAACUGAUAAGAAUCUAGAUAGUGGAAUGAUAGACGUGCUGUGCAGUGAAAGAUGCAGGAACAACCAUGAUGGAAGUGGAGGAGUAGGAUUUCCUCCAGAAACGCCAUUUCCUUCUUAAACAGCCGUUUGCACACAGUCCAUACGAAGUCUAAAGAAGGAAAAGGGCCAGCUGCUUGUCUUUAAUCCAUAACGGAAGCCCAUGGCAGUAGCUUGGCUGCUGUCUCUUCCCUGUUGUUUCCUCAUCAAGCAGGAGCGAGGGAGGCAGCUGGAGGCAGCUGCCACUCCCUGAGGAGUAACAGGGAGCUGGGAAGCUGUUGACUGGGAUUUAGGAAGGAGAUGCCAGAAAUUGUUUUGGAAGAACCUGUUAGGUGGCUCUGAUUUGCAUCAAUAAAGGGAGCAGCACACCGGUGUGUAGGAAUGAGCAGCCUCCAUCAGUGGAUUGAAGCUUUGGAUGCUGCCUGCUGUCACUCAGGGCUUUAUCUGUGCUUUUCUGCCGCGCUAUGGAGCCUCUGUUUGGGGUUGUGCUGGGUUUGAUUCUGGCAGUCGCUUCACCGGCCGAUGACAGCUGUACCUGUGCCACCAACAAGUGGGCAGUGUGUGCCCAGGACGGCCCUGGGAACUGCACCUGCAGGCUGGCAGGUUCAGAUCACCCCGUGGACUGCUCAACCCUGACUCCUAAAUGCCUCCUGAUGAGGGCAGAAAUGACCCCCCUGAGGGAGAAGCGCCUCUGGAGACCUCCGCAAGGGGUGUUGGACAGCAAUGGCAUUUACAAGCCCGACUGCGAGGACAGCGGGGCUUUCAAAGCCAGGCAGUGCAACCAGUCCAGCACCUGCUGGUGCGUGAACAGCGCGGGCGUGCGGAGAACGGAGAGGGCAGGCAGCAGCCUGAGCUGCAGCCAGCUGGUGCGGACACGGUGGAUCUACAUCGAGCUGACACACGGGAGGAGCUCCAAAGCCCUCCGUGUUCCUGACGUGACAAAGGCCCUGACGUGGCUGUUUGAGAGCAGGUACAAGCUGCCCCCCAGGUACAUCGCAGCCAUCAAGUACGACCCGCCGCUGAUCCAAAUCCGCCUGCACCAGGACAAGAAGCCCAGGUGGGAUGUAGACAUAGCUGAUGUGGCCUACUACUUUGAAAAGGAUGUGAACAACGACUCCGUGUUUCGUUCCAGCAGUCAAUUGAGUGUCUCGGUCAAUGGGGACGCUCUGGCCAUCGAAAAGCUCUGGAUUUACUACGUGGAUGAGAAGCCCCCCGAGUUCUGCAUGAGGCAGCUGGCAGCUGGCAUCAGUGCCGUGGUCACCGUGGUGCUCCUGACCGCUGGCAUCGGCCUCGCUGCGCUGCUCGUCCUCAGGUGGCUGCGCACAAGGACAUACAGAAAAUUUGAGUGUAAAGAAAUGAGGGAAAUUAAAGCCCCAAGCUCAGAACUGCCCUGAGCUGAAAGAAGAAAGCUUCACAGAAACACUACACAAUGCUCCGGGACAGGCUGAAAAAGAGCUUUAUUCCAGCUGAGCUGCAGGAGGAAUUUAAGAGCAGAGUGUAAUUACUGAACUUGGAAUUCGGCCAACACACAACUGGACUGCUCUGCUACCUCCUCAUCUGCUGCAUUCCUGGUUUGGAGAGUCACACCCACCGUGAAGGACGUUUUAAAGAAAGUAAUGCUGGUUGGUGAAUGUUGGGAUAUUGUCAGUUCCAGUCUCUGUGCUGCAUGUGGAUGUCGAAGUGCAUCACUCUCAUCUGGCUCCUUCAGCACCUGCUCACCUG